AUGGCUUUCGCUCCUAGAGGACGUGGUGGACCCCCUCGUGGUGGUGGUCGUGGUGCUCCCCGUGGUGGUGGUGCUCGCGGUGGCCGAGGCGGCGGUGCUCCUCGUGGACGUGGUGGUCCUCGCGGCGGCGGUCGUGGUGCUCCCCGUGGUGGCCGUGGUGGUGGCCGUGGUGGCCGCGGCGGCAAGCCCGGUGCCAAAGGUGGUGCUAAGGUUAUCGUCGAACCUCACCGUCACGGCGGUAUCUUCGUUGCCCGCGGUGGUAAGGAAGACUUGCUCGUUACCAAGAACUUGACUCCAGGUGAGGCUGUCUACGGUGAGAAGCGCAUUGCCGUCGAGACUCCUGCCGAUGACGGCGCUAUCACCAAGACUGAGUACCGUGUGUGGAACCCCUUCCGUAGCAAGCUUGCUGCCGGUGUUCUUGGUGGUCUGGACGACAUCUACAUGCGCCCUGGCUCCAAGGUUCUCUACCUUGGUUCCGCCAGCGGUACCUCCGUCAGUCACGUCGCCGAUAUUGUCGGACCUACCGGAAACGUCUAUGCCGUUGAGUUCUCCCACCGUUCCGGCCGUGACCUGAUUGGCAUGGCCACCCAUCGUACCAACGUCAUCCCCAUCGUCGAGGACGCCAGACACCCUCUCCGCUACCGUAUGCUUGUCCCCAUGGUUGACUGCAUCUUCGCCGACGUUGCCCAGCCCGACCAGGCCCGUAUCGUUGGUCUCAACGCCCACAUGUUCCUCAAGGAAGAGGGUGGUGUCAUUGUCUCCGUCAAGGCCAACUGUAUCGACAGUACCGCCAAGCCCGAGGUUGUUUUCGCUCGGGAGGUCCAGAAGAUGCGUGAGGAGAGAAUAAAGCCCAGGGAGCAGCUGACCCUUGAGCCCUUCGAACGUGACCACUGUAUAGUGUCUGGUAUCUACAAGCGUUCUGCAUAA